AUGAUGGAGCUCACGAUUCAGCUGAUCCCGACCGGAGAGAUCAUCCUGGCUCCGGGGAAGAACGGGGAAAACUACUGCCACAACUGCAAGGAGUGCGGAGGGCGGCGGAGGCUAUCACUGUCAGAGCUGCCUUUCCGCUUUGUGUCAAACUCCGCUCCGUCAACAGGAUACCAGCUCCCUGUGCGCCAACAAUGUCCAAGCACCUCUCGCAAAAGCUUAUCUCACUAA